GUCCCCCUGUCCCCCGCUGUCCCCGCCGCCAUGCCGGAGGCCGUGCACUACAUCCACCUGCACAACUUCAGCCGCUCGCUGCUGGAGACGCUCAACGGGCAGCGCGUGGCCGGCCACUUCUGCGACGUCACCGUGCGCAUCCGCGAGGCCUCGCUGCGCGCCCACCGCUGCGUGCUGGCCGCCGGCAGCCCCUUCUUCCACGACAAGCUGCUGCUGGGCCACUCGGCCAUCGAGGUGCCGCCCGUGGUGCCCUCGGCCGCCGUGCGCCAGCUGGUCGAGUUCCUCUACAGCGGCAGCCUGGUGGUGGCCCAGUCCGAGGCGCUGCACAUCCUCACGGCCGCCUCCGUGCUGCAGAUCAAGACGGUCAUCGACGAGUGCACGCAGAUCAUCUCGCGGGCCCGCGGCCCCGCCGCGCCGCCCGCCGAGCCCGCCGCCGGCCACAGCCGCAAGCAGCGCCAGCCGCUGCGCCUGGCGCCCGCGCAGCUCAAGGAGGAGCGCCCCGACCUGCGCGAGGAGCUGGAGGAGGAGGAGGGUGAGGAUGAGGAAGGAGAGGACGAAGGGGGCUCCCAGGAAGGCGUCGUCGCCCCGCCGCCCUUCCCCGGCCCCGAGGCGCCGUUUUUGGGCGGCCCCGAGGCGUUCCCCGAGGCGCUGCUGGCGCCCUGGGACGGCCGCGAGGCGCCGGCCGGGGACGGCUUCGGCUUCGGGGCGCCCCCGGCCCUGCCCUACGAGGGGGGGCUGGAGGGGGGCGCCGUCCCCGUCCCCGCGGCCCCCCCGGCGCCCCCCGGCGUGCCCCAGCGCGGGGCACAGCCCCCCCCGUACCAGUGCGGGCACUGCCAGAAGAGCUUCAGCUCCCGCAAGAACUACACCAAGCACAUGUUCAUCCACUCAGGCGAGAAGCCCCACCAGUGCUCCAUCUGCUGGCGCUCCUUCUCCCUGCGGGACUACCUGCUCAAGCACAUGGUGACCCACACGGGCGUGCGCGCCUUCCAGUGCGGCGUCUGCUGCAAGCGCUUCACCCAGAAGAGCUCCCUCAACGUGCACAUGCGCACGCACCGCCCCGAGCGCUUCCAGUGCCGCCUCUGCACCAAGGGCUUCUCCCACCGCACCCUCCUGGAGCGCCACGCCGCCACCUCCCACCCCGUGCCACCGCCGGGACCGCCACCGGCGCCGGCACCGGGGCCACAGCCCGGGUUGCCGCUGGGGCCGCCGCCGGGGCCACCGCUGGGGCCACCGCUGGGACCACCACCAGGGCCACCACCUGGGCUGCCGCUGGGGCCACCGCCAGGGCCACCGCCGGGGCCGCCACCUGGGCUGCCACCUGGGCUGCCACCGGGGCCACCGCUGGGACCACCGCCGGGGCCACCACCUGGGCUGCCACCAGGGCCACCGCCCGGGCUGCCGCUGGGGCCACCGCCGGGACCGCCACCGGAGCCUGGACUGGGCACGUGGCCGGGGCCGGACGUGGCGGGCGCCGGCCCCGCUCACACGGCCUGAGGGAGGGUCCCUGCCCCUGGAAGGGCCUUGAGGGUGGGCCCGGGGGCUCCUCAGUGCCCGCGGGUGCGGUGGAGCAGCCGGGGUGAAGCCCGGAGGAAGCGGCGGGGAUGUUCUCCGUGGGAUUCGGGAGGCUGUGGGGACGUUCCCGGUGACAGCAGGAGGGGAGCAGGGCGCCCCGAUGGGAACGUGGGGAACGGCCGGGGCUCCGAGCAGCAGCGGGAGCACGGGGCAAAUCCUGCCGGGAGCCGUGCCCAGGCGCCCGGAGGAGGCCGGCGGUGGCCAACGCCGGGAAAAACGGAGCCCGGGAACCCUGGUGGCCCUGGGGGAGGGUGAUGAUGUCAUUGACCUGAUGGGACCCAUGGAAUGUUCUGGAACUGAACGGGACACAGGGAUUGGACGAAUGGACCACGCCGUGAGUGGCCAUGGAGAUGCUCAGAGGGCUGGACCAUGAGGGUGAUGACAUCAUUGACCUGAUGGCACCCCCGGAAUGUUCUGGAAAUGAUCUGGGGACAGGGGUUGGAUGGAUGGACAGUGAGGGUGAUGACGUCAUUGACCUGAUGGCA